ACCAUUUCUCCGUUUAGUCCGUCACUUCAACCUCCCCUAAACCCUAAAAACCACCUAUACACGCUCCACUAGCACGCACUGCCCCUUCAUUUCCUAUCCUUCAACUUUCAAAAUGCCCUCCACCCUGCGCCACCUCCGCCACCUCUCCACCACCACCCAGAAAAUCUCCAUCACCAAAGCCAAAUCAAGACUCCGCACUGAACAUGACCCAGACAAAGCACUAGCCAUCUUCUCCUCCGCUUCCAGUAAUGACUCCUCCCCACCUGUCGUCUCUCGCUAUGCUCAAGACCUCACCGUCCGCCGCCUCGCCAAAUCCCACCGUUUCGAUGACAUCGAGUCCUUGAUGGAAUCCCAAAAAUCCGACCCCAAAAUCAAACAAGAACCCUUUCUUUCUUCACUAAUCAGAUCUUACGGUGUUGCCGGGAUGUUUGAUCAGGCACUAAAAACUUAUCAAGAAAUGGAUCAAUUGGGUACCCCUCGGUCUUGUAUUUCUUUUAAUGCUUUGUUAUCUGCUUGCAUUCAAUCCAAACUUUACAAGAAAGUUCCUGUGCUGUUUAGUGAAAUUAGUGAGAAAUAUAGGGUUUUGCCUGAUACGGUUUCGUAUGGGAUGUUAGUCAAGGCUUAUUGCGAGGAUGGGAAACCGGAGAAGGCGAUUGAGGUACUGGGGGAAAUGGAAAAGAAAGGAGUGGAAGUUACGGCGAUUGUUUGUACACCAGUUUUGAAUUGUUUGUAUUCAAAGGGAAAGAAAGAUGAGGCGGAGAGGUUUUUGGAUGGGAUGGUGGAAAGAGGGUGCGAGUUGGAUGCUGUGGUGUACAAUGUGAAGAUUAGCAAUGCUGUGAGCGGGCCGGAGAGAGUGAAGGAGUUGAUUGAGGAGAUGGAGAAUUAUGGGUUGAAACCGGAUACAAUUAGUUAUAAUUAUUUGAUGACUAGUUAUUGUACGAGUGGGAUGAUGGAGGAAGCGAAGAAGGUUUAUGAGGAGUUUAGGGUACAUGGGUGUAAAGCGAAUGCGGCAACAUUUAGAACUCUGGUUUUUAACUUGUGUAAGAAUGGCGAAUACGAGAAAGGGUAUGAGAUAUUUAAGGAUAGUGUGAAGGUGCAUAGAAUUCCAGAUUUUAAUACAUUGAAAUAUUUGGUGAAGGGGUUGGUGGAGAAGAAGAAGAUCAAGGAAGCAAAAGGAUUGAUUCGUACAAUGAAGAAAAAGUUCCCUCUUAAUUUAUUGAAUGCGUGGAAGAAAGUUGAGGAAAAUCUUGGUUUGCAUUCUACUGAGGAGGACAAGGAAGUUAAAGAGGCUACAGCUUAAAGAUUAAUCGGAGGCGUGUUCUGUGUUGUUUUGGGUGAUAAAUUCAGCUACAAGCGAAUCAAAUUUCUCACAUUGCAACAGCUUGUAACUUUUCUAGCUUGAUUCCCUUUUCAAUCUUUACAAUACAAUUAGCCAGGGAAGCUGCUUUGGCAGUUGCAAUAAAAUUUUGAGCUCCAUUAUUGUUUCAUAAAAGCUUCGACUAGCUCAUGAGCUACAUUUCCUCUUGGAUGCCAUGUAAUUUGUAGAAUGCUAGUCCAUGUUUUAACAUUUGCUUUCAGUUGUCUUCAACGAGGUUAAAGCUUUGCUUUUUCCACUGCAAUAAAACUUGUUGAUGCUUAAUCCA